GAAUAAUGUAUUUGAGGCACCUGAUGCCAAAGUGGGUUGGAAGCUGCAAUUUUAUUCAUCUUUGCGUCUAGUGCAGUGGGAGCAGCUGGAGUUCUCAUCCGGACUUGAUGAAAGCUUUCAUCGGAGCGGUAUGAUGUGUGGUGUUUGGACUUGAACUGUUCUUUUUUGGGGGGGUGCAAUUUUUACGGCAGAGGCUUCUACCACGCAAAAGACAAAGUGAUGCUUUGAGGAGACGCCAUUCAACACAUUUCUCAUCUUUUGCUUCUUUGGGACACAUUGCUGCCGGGAUCUUAGACACGGAGCAAACAUUGAAUCCAUUCUCUUUUCCAAAAAUGAUUGAAAGAGGCACAAAAAUGCGCGCAUGUUCCUGCUUUUCAUAUUCAAGCCAAAGAAGACGACAAACAACCCAGCAACAAAGGCACCUUUUAUAAAGGUUUAUUUUAGAAUUGUCUGUCUAGCAUUUGAGUGUACCUGGAACAAGUUUGCCUCAUCUUCAUUUUUUUGCCGGCAUUUAAAGAAGGAUGCCGCAAUUUCACUUCUGUCCUUUGAAUUAGGACAUUUUGCCUUGAUUUUAUUGUGGGAUGAGUUCCCUUCACUUCACAUCAAGAAACAUGUUGCACAUCCUUGUGCCGCUGUCGGUGGUGUUACUUUUGAGAGUUGUUGACAGCCGAGUGGCAGAGGGGUUGCAAAAAUAUACUUCGAUCCCCACCUACCUACCGGUCACCUACCAGGUGGUCAACAGUGACUUGGCAUUCUUUCUAAAGGAAAGCAAUCAAGACUUCAUGAAGAACUCUAGCCUGAUGUCACGCACGGAGUCUGUCUUCAUCUACCAGGCCAGGAGUUUGCCCUCAAUCAACUCCAGCUAUGGGCCCCUCUCUGUUGAGCAGCCGGUCCCCAUAGAACUUCUCCAGAAUCCAGGCUCCUUUCCCACCUCUUCACUUUUUACAGUUAAUUGGAAGGUUCAGACUUUUAUCAUGAAUACCAAGAUCCACUUGGCCAAGCCCAAAGUCCAGGUUCUAUUUUACAUUGCAGGCAGGGACUGGGAUGACUACAGUGCCAUCAACAAGCUUCCCUGUGUGCACAUGUUUGCGUUUCAUGAGACCGAAGAGGUGCACGGCACCUGCCAGCUGAAGGGGGAGCUGGGGCUUUGUGUGGCUGAAUUGGAACCCUUGGCCAGCUGGUUCAGCCCCCCGAGUGUCGUUCCAGGACGCCAAAAGAACCUGGAGGCAUCUGAAGGCACCCCAGUGGAGCUCUACUACAUUCUGCAAUCCACAGAGGGAGGUGAGUGCCAUUCAGAGGAAGCCAAGAAGGAAAACCUCCUCCGCUCAAGCCAGGAAGGCCUGUUUGGUUCCUAUACUUCCACGCCUUUAAGAAGGAUCGGCGGUGUGAGGCUCUACCAGAAUCCCAUUCCACUCCAAUUGGCUGAACACAGACUGGAUCAUAACUUUAUGGUUUUGGUGCCCGCCACACCAGUCAGUCAGAGGGAAACUGUCUCAGCCUAUGUCACCGUGUCAUCAUAUUCUGCUGUGGAGACUUUCACUCUCAGAGUGAAAUUGAGAGAAGGAGUGACGUUCCUCGGGGCCCGUCCCAGCAACCCCACACAGUGGAUAGUAAGCCAGGAUGUGAGGAGUGAAGGACACCGGGUAGUGACCCUUCGUUGCCACAGGAAGAAGUCCAGCUUUGAUCUAGAGAGGGAGGAGGACUUGGGAGCCCAGAGGGUGCUGCAGGUGGAUCUGAAAAUUGAGAGUUUCCCAGAGCUGCUGGGGAGUCGCUGGAUGGCGUGGCAGGUGGAAUACCCGGCCAGCCGCUCUACCACGCGGGAGGCCGACACUGAGAUUCGACUGGCACAAGAAGAUGUGGCAGGCAUCGUGCCCUUGGCCAUGGAUACUGAGAUUUUAAACACAGCAGUCCUGACUGGGAAAACUGUUGCUGUCCCUGUGAAGGUGGUAACCAUUGGAAUAGACGCUUCAGUUAUUGAUGUCUCUGAAGCAGUGGAGUGUCGCACCACAGAUGAAGACGUGGUCAAGGUGUCCGAAAGGUGUGACUAUGUUUUUGUGAAUGGCAAAGAGAUGAAGGGCAAAGUGAAGAUGGCGGUGAAUUUUACCUACACCUACCUGAGUGCUCAGCUGGAGCUCAACGUGUGGAUCCCUCGGCUUCCCCUCCAAAUCGAAGUGACUGACACAGAACUGAGCCAGAUCAAAGGGUGGCGGGUGCCCAUCAUGGCCAACAGUCCUAGGUCCACACGGGCCAGCGAGGAUGAUGAUGAUGAAGACAGACGGGGUCGAGGUUGCACUCUGCAGUACCAGCACGCCAUGGUCAGAGUCCUGACUCAUUUUGUUGCUGACUCUGCUGAUCCCAGAAGCCAGACCAGCUACAUGUUGGGCACCGAUUGGCAAGUGGACAUCACGGAGUUAGUGUGGGAAUUUCUCAAGGUGGAGAACCCUCAGAUCGUAAAGCUGCUGAACAGACGGAUACUUAUGGGACGAGGUGUGGGCAUGACCACCAUCCAGGUGCUGUCUCCUCUGUCAGACUCAAUCCUGGCAGAGAGGACCGUCACGGUGGUGGAUGACAAAGUCACCAUCACAGAGUUGGGGGUGCAGUUGGUCACAGGACUAUCAAUGAGCCUGGAGCUCAGUCCAGGAAGCAACAGAGCCAUCCUGGCUACCACCACUGCACAAGAGGUUCUGCAGAGCCCCAAACAGGAGGCCUUGAUCAGUGCCUGGUUGCAGUUCAGCGAUGGUUCUGUGACUCCUUUAGACCUGUACAACUCGGACUUUUUUAUCCUGACAGCCACAUCCCUGGAUGAGGACGUGGUGACAGUGCAACAGAACCCCUCGUGGAAAUGGCCUAUUAUUGUGACAGAGGCAGAGGGCCAAGGCCUGCUGGUCAGGGUGGAAAUGAGUGUUUGUGAGAUUUGCCAGAAAUUCAAACGGCGUAGUAUCCUGGCCACGGGCAAUUGUAAUGUUAAGGUGAAGUUUGGUUAUAGUGACAGUUCCAGAGGAGGCAGCAACGAUUACGGCACCGAUGGUGAGGAGAUGGAGAACAGAGGAAGGAUGGCCUCACCCGACAGGAAUGGGCUGGACGCCCACUACUAUGGCAGCUCAAUAUCCGACAUGGAGCAAGGGGUGACGAAUGGGGCCACUACUACUGGUAGUGCAAUCGUGCGCAGACCCAAUGGGGACAAACUCUCUGGUGAUGCGAGUGAGAGAAUGCCAAUAGACUUUUCUGACUUCCCUGCUCAAGUGGAUCUGCCCCGUGGGGGCAACGUGGAAGACGACCUCAUACAGACUGCUCGUGGUCUGACAGAUCUGGAGAUUGGCAUGUACGCCCUCCUGGGGGUCUUCUGCCUUGCUAUCCUCGUGUUUCUAAUAAACUGCAUCUCCUACGCAUUGAAAUACCGCCACAAAGAGCUGUCCAUCGAGGGCCAAGAGAACAUGAACCACGCCCACGACUGGGUGUGGCUGGGAAACGAAGUCGAGCUACUGGAGAGUGAAAUCAGCUUGUCACCCCAGCAGGAGGAGCAGACCUCCAUGAUAGACUCGGGCAGCGGACUGGAGGAAGGCAGCCACUUGUUGAACGGGGGCUCGGCCCAGAAGAACGUUCAGAGCCAAGUGCACCGGGCAGCCGACGCCGGCUGCCUGGCCAAGGAAGGCAAGGGGGAAUCGCCGACAACUAAGAGGAAGCGAGUACAGUUCACCACAUUCAACACCAUGCCCCCGGACAGUGGCUACCCGACUGUUAGCACGUUGACUCGAUGCCACAAGCAGGACAUUAAGUGGGUGUGCCAGGACGUAGCGCUCGCAGACUCCAAGGAGUUACGCAAUUACAUGGAACGGUUAAAUGACAGUGCUUUAAAAGAAGUGGCAUAGUACUGCACACUGAUGCACUCGUAACAACUCACCCUUUUGCCUUUCAGGGAAAAGUGGGUUUGGAUUUAAAGUGAACUCGGACAUUUGAGUGAAAACCAUAUCCAACCUGCCAAAGGCGCAAUGACAUCAAGGCUUGUCACUUUGCCACAAAUGUAAUUCGACAUAAAAAUGACAAUAUUCAACGAAGACUCGGUGGUAUAUAUAUUUCUUCUUUUGUUCCUCAGUUUUUGUUGUAUUAUUACAGGAUUAGUUAUUUUCUUAGUAGUGAUCUGCUGCCGACAAAGCUGUGAAAUUCAGAUGGCAUGUAGAUUUUUUUUUUUUAAUUUAAAAAAGGAUGCUCUGAAUGUGUUGGCACAAAUGUUUGGGAGAAUUGUGUAACAUUUUGAUUCUCAAUUUCUCCCACCAAGUUGUAACUGUUUCAGAAAAAUAAAAGACCAAACGAAAUGUGUGCAUGUCGUUGGAAAGAAACAGGCACUAUGUUUUGUUCCUCAUCAUCCUCCCAAACAAGGCCAAGUGUA